GCUCAAGCUGAGGUGGUUUUUAGUAACUCAAUAAACAAAUGGUCACGAGAGCUCGCGGCUUUUGGUUCCUUAGCAACCGGUGUGCAAACAAGAACUAGCUCAGCGUCUCACAGGGGUCCAGUUCAAGUGUAACUCCGCAAUCAAACUGCACUCCUGUCGACAUGUUUAACCCGGAAUCGGCCGCAGACCGCGUCGCGAGGACCAAUCUGCAAAUACGUCGCGACAGAGAGACGGAAAGACGAGAAAGGAUUUUUAAUGACAAAGUGAGGACGAUCGGGGUUGACAAGGAAUCCUUAAACGAACAGAUAAAAGAGAAGGAGAGACGACAAGAGGCAGCAGAAGAAGAAAAAAGCGCUCAUGAUGCUGCUACGCUGCAUCACAGGAGAGUGGCCACCCUCCUCCACAGCAGAGAACUCAAGGAGAGGCGUGCGAUGGGAAAGGCCGUUGUCGACUACCGACGGCAGCACCAGCAGCCCCUGUGCCAGCAGGGUUCGGGCCUGGAGGACCCAGGUGACGCCCAGAUGAUGCUCCCCGGCCUGGUGGGCGAGGAGCCCGACAGUGAGAGCAGGCGGCACAGACAGAAGGAGCAGCUCAGGGAGUGGCUCAUUCAGCAGCAAGGGGAGCGAGCCGCCGAGAGGCACCAACAAAAAGUGGAGGAGCGCCGCUAUGACCAAAGCAGAAGAGACAUGGACAACGAAGCUCUGCAGCUUCAAAGCAUCACGGUGGAGCGGAGAAAAGCGGCACUUGUGGCCUCCACGGAGUACAAUCGGGCCACGAUUGAAGCCAAGUGCUACAAGCAAGGACAACACAAUGACGUGGGUACCGCAAACCAUCUGCGAGGAGAGCUGACAGGUGGCGGCGCUCAACCUCCCGAGGGCGGAGUGGCAGUGCCUGGUUGGGGUUCUAGCAGUGAUAUGAUAGCACCUCCGCAAAGCCUCCUGGAGACCAUCCGGUUCCAGAAACAUCAGAUAGAGGAGAAAAGGAGGGCCCAAGAAAAGGAAAAGCGUGACGAGGAGCAACACGAUCGCGUCCGUUUGCACUCGGGGCGAACGGCUCUGUUACUGGAGAGGCAGCAAGCCAAAGUGAACAAGCAGCUGAGACGACAACUGGACAGCACCAAUGUCCAGCUGGCGGAAAUACACAGACAACAGAAGCCGGACAUUAAAAGAGGAUGCAUUGACGACAGCUUCUUCUCCAAAUUCAACACCUGCAGCAGAUGAUGGAUGAGCGGCUCAUUACAGUGACUGAGUAUUGAUAACGGUGAAAACAAGGAAUGGAAUAAACAAACCGUACAUCAGCAGUUUUUUUUUUUAAAUCAUGUCAAAUGUAUUUUUUCAGUAGUUGAAGACAUUUAAAUACGUCUGGAUGAUGCUCACAGACAGUUGAUUGUACACAAAAUGCAGCCUAAAAUAGAGGUUUUGUUUCAAGGGAAUUU